ACGAGCAGCGAACACUCGUUCUAACUGAUAUCCUCGUCGCUCGUUCACUGUCUCGCUCCUGCAAUUUUCACGACAUAUAAAAAUGUGCAAAGUGCAGCGGGAGGCUUGCUGGCGGCGUGGAAGGUGGGCGACGAUCAGUUCACGUUCGACACCGUGCAAAAAGUGAUCGAGUGUGCGAUUCGCAUCCGCGACUCGAAUCAGGACGGCCGCGUUCCCCGGAGUGAGUGUUCGCGACGAGAAUCGUCUACGACGCCGUCAAUUUUGCACAAGAGGGAAGCUGCGCGAACGUAUUUUUUCGCUCUGCCAAUAAUAUCAAGUCACAUACAAACGCAAAAAAUUCUUUCGCAGCGAAUAUCACGAUCUCGGCCGGCGAAGUGACGCUCUCCGUGAUCGGCAACGAUGAGGCCAGGGACUUUGUGGUCCACGGCGCGGCCAUCAGCGACUUGUGGCAUGCCGGGAAAGCGUCGCGGUCCAACGACCUGGUGUUGUCGUUCAGCGCGUGGCGUCAUUGCACCCCAAGCCAGUACGAAUACGUUGUCAAGGACUCGCGCAACGUCAAGAUAAUCAAGACGUUGAUGCAAUUCGAUAAGAAACCAACACGCAUAUCGAACGCUGACGCCAACUCAACGUCUGCAGCAAGGAUGUCUGUCACGGACCGCAUGAAUAUGCGUACAAUAUUCACCAACGAGGAGUUCCAAUUCGUGUCGACGGCCGCUGAUUCUAAGGAGAGAACUUCUACUACGAGUAAGAGUACGAUCGACACCGAUCUCUGCGAUCGCGACGACGAAUCUGCAUUUCAAAACGUUGCUGAAGAGCCACUUGAUGAAGUCGGUAGUCCAGCAGAUCGAGAGGGAUCAGCCGUUGGAUUUUUUCGCGGCGAUCAGACAUGUCACCACGGUCUCCCUUGACAUCGUACCCGAUAAGUAUACGAACGACGAGUUGGUUCUCCUAAUCGACAAGUGCUUUCUACUUGUGCA